AAUUCCAUCUGCAGAAGAGUGAAAGUAUGAGAGGUGCAUCCGUCUGUCCCGAUCCAGAGAAGAAUGAACUCACAUCUAAAACUAUGGCUCUUGAUUCUUUCGUGGCUUUGGUUUGAUCGAGUGCUGAGAGAUGCUGCAGCAGGCAUUCAUCCAACUUCUGAAACUGCUUCCGCUCUUUCUGACGCAAACCUGAUGUUUGAGUUUUUGCUUGGUGGGGUGGCGACAGACCAGGACAACAUAUUCCUUCUGGACGAGGAGAUGUCAUCAAUGAGGAAAGGGAAAGAAUUCCUGUCUCACAUCAAUGAUGGCAUUCCAAAAACUCCAAAUGCCAUGGAGCUGAUGGUGCACACUCUACAGAAUCAUCCGAAGAAGCAUCUGACACAGGAUCAGUUUGAGAGUCUUAUUCUGAGCAUGGUGUACUCAGCUCACCAGGCUCAGGUUCAGGGGAGCAAGGAGAAGCAGGAGGCUUGGGGGGGAGUGCUCCUCCAGCUGGCUAACAUCACAGUGUUUGAGCUACGUGGAAGUUUCCUCGUCAACACUUAAACGAUUGCAAAAACAAGAAUAAAAUGCACAAGUGUGAAA